AGAGCCUGGGCCGUGGCUCCGAGCAGCGGCGGCGCCACUCCGAACUCGGCUCCGCGCGCGGGGCCCGGCGGCGGGCGCGGCGGAGGAUCGCCGGGCGGGCGGCUGCCUGGGCCCACCGAGCCAUGGCGGCUCCCGAGCCUGCGCCCAGGCGGGGCCGGGAGCGGGAGCGGGAGGAGGAGAGCGAGGACGAGAGCGACAUCCUGGAAGAAAGCCCGUGCGGCCGCUGGCAGAAGCGGCGCGAGCAGGUGAACCAGGGGAACAUGCCCGGCGUCCAGAGCACCUUCCUGGCCAUGGACACGGAGGAGGGCGUGGAGGUGGUGUGGAACGAGCUGCGCUUCAGCGACAGGAAGGCCUUCUCUGCCCACGAGGAGAAGAUCCAGACCAUGUUCGAGCAGCUGGUGCUGGUGGACCACCCCAACAUCGUGAAGCUGCACAAGUACUGGCUGGACGCCUGCGAGGCCCGCGCCAGGGUGGUCUUCAUCACGGAGUACGUGUCCUCGGGCAGCCUCAAGCAGUUCCUCAAGAAGACCAAGAAGAACCACAAGGCCAUGAACGCGCGGGUAUGGGGGCGGGGCGGGGCGGGGCGGGGGCGGCGGGGCGGGAACGGGCGGAGCCGGGCAGGGGGUGCGGUGGGGGCGCCCAGGCCCAGCCACCUCUCCCCGCCCUUCCCACCCACGGACGCGCCCCGCCGCCAGGCCUGGAAGCGCUGGUGCACGCAGAUCCUGUCGGCGCUCAGCUUCCUGCACGCCUGCAGCCCCCCCAUCAUCCACGGGAACCUGACGAGCGACACCAUCUUCAUCCAGCACAACGGCCUCAUCAAGAUCGGCUCCGUCUGGCACCGCAUCUUCUCCAACGCGCUGCCCGACGACCUGCGGAGCCCCAUCCGCGCGGAGCGGGAGGAGCUGCGGAACCUGCACUUCUUCCCGCCGGAGUACGGAGAGGUGGCCGACCGCACCGCCGUGGACAUCUUCUCCUUCGGGAUGUGCGCGCUGGAGAUGGCAGUGCUGGAGAUCCAGGCCAACGGGGACACGCGUGUCACCGAGGAGGCCAUCGCGCGGGCCCGGCACUCGCUGAGCGAUCCCAACAUGCGGGAGUUCAUCCUCUCCUGCCUGGCGCGGGACCCCGCCCACAGGCCCUCUGCCCACAACCUCCUCUUCCACCGUGUGCUCUUCGAGGUGCACUCGCUGAAGCUGCUGGCCGCUCACUGCUUCAUCCAGCACCAGUACCUCAUGCCUGAGAACGUGGUGGAGGAGAAGACCAAGUCGAUGGACAUGCACGCGGUGCUGGCGGAGAUCUGCCGGCCGGGCCGGCCCCCCGUGCAGUGGCGGUACUCCGAGGUCUCCUGCAUGGAGCUGGACAAGUUCCUGGAGGACGUCAGAAACGGGAUCUACCCCCUGAUGAACUUCGCGGCCACACGGCCCCUGGGGCUGCCCCGCGUGCUGGCCCCGCCCCCGGAGGAGGCCCAGAAGGCCAAGACCCCCACGCCGGAGCCCUUCGACUCGGAGACCAGAAAGGUGAUCCAGAUGCAGUGCAACCUGGAGAGGAGCGAGGACAAGGCCCGCUGGCAUCUCACGCUGCUGCUCGUGCUGGAGGACCGGCUGCACCGGCAGCUCACCUACGACCUGCUCCCAACGGACAGCGCCCAGGACCUCGCCACAGAGCUGGUGCACUAUGGCUUCCUGCACGAGGACGACCGGACCAAGCUGGCCGCCUUCCUGGAGAGCACCUUCCUCAAGUACCGCGGAGCCCAGUGACGGGCAUGGGGUGCCAGGCCUGUGCCAGGGCUGAGGACAGGCCUGCUCGAGGGCCCUGCUCCGCCAGCAGCUGCCGAGAGACCCUGGGCGUGGGGAGGGGGGUCGUGAUGAGGCCACGCCCAUUCCUAGAACCAGGAUUCUCUCAUCCCACCCGCCUCCCCGGCUUCCCAUUCCUUCCCAUGUCCCCCAUUUGCUGGCCAGAAGUCUCACCCCCACCUCCAAGCUGUGGGUCAGUGGCAAGGGUGCCCUUCAGGGGGUCACAGUGGUGGGGGCGCCACACACAGGCCCACACAGGAGCUCCCACCUCCACUCAGCGCCCAGCACCUGCAGCACCGGGCGGGGUGCAGGGCGUGGGGUGCUGAGAAGCAGCCGGGAGAGACACCCAGUUCCCACACCACGUGGUUCUCCGCCCCAUCCCGCGUCCGGCACAGACGCUCCGGAACCCUCUGAGGCUGUGCCCACAGCCCCCUCAGCCGACACUCUGGCCCCUGUAGCCCCAAAGGGCUCUUUCCUCUCCCACCGCCCUGGCCUGGAGGGGUCAGCCAGACUCCUCCCUGCUCCUCACUCCAAACUCACCCCCCACCUCCCCACCCGCCCUGCCCAUGACCACCCCCCCAUUGCCCUGGACUUACCUCUCCUGAGCCACCCCCCGUUUUCAGAUGUAAACCCGCCGACGUGUGAACUGCAUGCGUACACGUAGUGCAUUCAGGGUUCCUUUUAAGAUUUCAAAUGCCAAACCGAGGAAGCGCCCACCGGCCAGGUGCCUGUCGCUGCUACAGAAUCACCUGCCGCCGUGCCGCAGCCCAGCCCAGCUGUUACGCUCCUGUCUGUCGGGCGUCUGGCCCAGGCCUCGCCUGCCAGCCCACGUCUUCCCGGAGGUCCAGGGGAGAACCCGGUUCCUCUCCCCUCAGGUUGAGGUUUGGCUUGUGGGGCCAGGCAUGGCGCGGCGCUGGGCGCUGGGCAGGAAUUGGUGUCCUAGCAGCGGCCGGCCAGGCCCCGCGUUGGGCUGGCUGCAAACUGCAGGCCGUUCUCAGCUUCCAGAGGCUGCACCUGGCGGGCUCCUGGCCCCAGCCUCCACCUUCAAGGCC